AUGUCGAUCGCCGAUGUUCUAUUCCGCAAGAAGACGUUCGAAGGCGGCUCGCAUCUCGAGUCGAAAAUGAAGCGCUGCCUCAACGUGUUCGACAUCAUGUUCAUCGCCAUCGGCCACAUGAUUGGAGCGGGCAUCUACGUGCUCACAGGCGAAGUGGUCCGCAAAAUCGCCGGCCCCGCCGUCAUUCUGUCGUUCGUGUUCGCCGGCGUCGCCGCGCUUCUGUCGGCGUUCAGCUACGCCGAAUUCGGCGCCCGAUUUCCGAGAGCCGGAAGCGCCUACACCUACACGUACGUCGGAAUGGGCGAGCUGUGGGCGUUCAUCGUCGGCUGGACGGUGCCGCUCGAGUACAUGAUCGGCAACGCGGCGGUGGCGCGCGCGUGGACCGCUUAUUUGGACAGCCUCGUCGGGCACAAGAUCAGCGAGUUCACCGCCAACACGAUUGGCCGAAUGAGUCAGGGCGGCGGCUUUUUCGCCGAAUAUCCCGACAUUCUCGCCUUCUUUUUGUUGUUCAUCGUUGCGUUUGCGGUCGCGAUCGGCUCGAAAUUCUCGGCCAACGUCAACACCGCGUUUGUCGUUCUCAACUUGGCGGUUCUCGCGUUCGUCAUCGUCUAUGGUCUUUCAUUCGCCGAUUUCAGCUUUUGGUCGGGAACCGAUCUUCACGGAAAUUCGCUGUUUUUCCCCUAUGGAUUUUCGGGCGCAAUUCAGGGCGCCUCGGUGUGCUUUUUCUCGUACAUCGGCUUCGAGGCGCUCGCCACCGCCGGCGAAGAAGCGAAAAAUCCCCAUCGUACCAUUCCAUUGGCAACCUUCGGAAGUCUCUCAGUCAUUGUCGUCCUUUACGUACUGAUGGGCGCCUCGUUGUCAUUGAUGGUCCCUUACUACGAUGUCGAUGAAAAAGCUGCGUAUGCUUCUGCCUUUGCUUCAAAAGGCGCCUACGUGGCAAUGACGAUCAUGAGCAUCGGAGCCCUCGCCGGAAUGCUCAAUAACCUGGUGACCGGCGCGUUCGCGCUGCCGCGCGCCGUUUACGCGAUGGCUGACGACGGCCUUCUAUUCCACUUUUUUGGCGUCAUCAAUCGCUACACCAAGACACCGUUGAACGCCACUGUCGUGUUCACCCUCAUCAACGCCAUAUUGGCGUUGGUGUUCGAUUUGGCCGCGUUGGUCGAGUUCAUGUCGAUCGGCACCCUAUUGGCAUAUUCCAUGGUGACGGCGUGCGUGAUUCUUUUGCGCUUCCAGCGCGCCUACAAAGACGGAAGUGAAACCGAGUUUGAUGAUGGCGGCUCAUUGAAAUCGUGGGUUCCAUUCAAAUCGUUCUGGACGCGCUUCCCGCACGGUCGAUCAAUUCAAUGCGCCGUCGCCGGCCUCAUCAUCGGCUAUGUACUGAUAGCGUUGCCGUUUCGCAUCGCCAUCUACACCAAUCCCGGCGGAAUCAUUCUGUUGCUCAUCGGCGCCGUCAUCGCCAUCGUUUCGUUCAUCUUCAUUCUAGGACACGAGCAGAACAUUCGAACGGCCACCUACAAGGUGCCGUUCGUGCCGUUCGUGCCGGCUGUCGGACUUCUCGCCAACGUGUUCAUGAUGGUGUUCCUCAAUCAUCUCACAUGGAUCCGGUUGUUCGUCUGGCUCGCAAUUGGAUUAUUGAUCUACUUCGCCUACGGCAUUCGACACAGCAAGCAGGGCCUCAAACCGAUUGUGUCAUCCAUCGAAAUUGUUCCAAAAAAGCUUUAA